CCCGGUUGGCAGGGUGAUCCGGUCGCCCCCUGGGUACGCCACUGCGCCGCUGUCCUCGGUCGGCGGACCUGCGAUGCGGGAGGGGCGGCCGACGGUGACCGUGGGCCGCGGAUGGGGAGUGGCUCACCGCUGGCAUCGCCCCUGGCUAACGGAGGGCGCCCGAGAGUCGAUAGUCGGCGUGGAGUCGCGGUCGGCGAGUCAGUGCUCGUUGGUGUCGUGGGCGGCGAAGGUUACGUUCAACCGCGCUCAACCAGAUAUGGGAGGAAAGCUGAAGAUCCACAUCGUUUACUGCGGGGCAUGAGGGUACGCUCCAAAGUUCCGCAAGAUCAAAGCGGAACUGGAGCAGGCCUUUCCCGGUGAUCUGGAGAUCACCGGAGAGGGCACCCCCAGUGUGACCGGCUACCUCGAGGUGCAAAUUGUCGGCGGAAAGCUGCUCCACUCCAAGAAGAACGGUGAUGGGUACGUGGACACGCCCCAGAAGAUGCAGCGCAUCAUAGACGGAGUGCGCGCUGCACUCGCUCAGUGAGCGCCUCUCUGCUGCUGAACCGGUGCUGUCCGACUCCCCGUGAUGCCGCCGCCAUGAUGACGCACGCCGCGGAAAGCUCUGCUGGCGGCGUGCCGAGGCCGAGCGGGGGCGUCACGGUGGGUGGGAGGGCGGCCGGUCGGCGGCGGCGGGCGCCACACCCUCCUCCCUCGCACCCGUGGCCGACCCAUCCGUCCACCGCCGGCGCCCGAGACGGCGCCCGGCGGCGCCCUCACGGCCGCUGUCGCUGACGGAUUGGUGAUUCCGCUUUGGAAACUGAUGUGUUCAUCGACAGUGUUCAUUGCUUGUUCCGUGAGGUGGCGUAAUAAAGGCUAGCGAGGUGAGGACAUGA